AUGAUGAAGACUUUCUAUAUCAUGUUUGUGUUUGGAGUUGUUAAAUAUACCAACAGUCAGUAUCUCGCAAUGGGAAACAAUAGAAAACUUGACACGGCAAAAACAACAUGCGAUCCGUCAGCCAAAUCUUCAUUAGUGGAACAUUUUUUCAACAUAAUCUUCACAGAAUUUCAUGCCACACCCCCGGUUUGCGUCUGUGUUCAAAUGUGCCCUGAACAACCGACUUACUGCUACCCAAAUGGAUGUUUGCGAAGAACGGAGAAGAAUAAAAAGGUCGAAGUACCACUCCCCGUCACUAGAAUCAGUGAAAAUACCAAACCGAUCUUCUUUAUCGAUGAAAAGAAUGAUUUCAUGAAUGAUUUCCUUACGAAGAAUUACAUCGAUGAUAAUACACCAGUAAAUCCUCCAAUACCACCGCCAUCUGAAAAUACUGCGGUAGCUAAUAUGCGUCCAGACCCAUUUAAAGACAGAUACAAGAUCCUAUUCAAAUUUAAGAAAAUGCCAAAAGUGGAAUUGAAGUACAAUCUCGGUGAACAAGUAAAGAAUAUGAAAUCAGAUGUGUUGAAUAUGAAAUCUGAAAAUGUAGAUGUGUCAAGAACAAGAUGGCCGAUGAACAAAAUUGAUCGUCGUUUGGGAGGUCAGCGAUCUAUGCACAGUGAACCACAGGUACAAAAAGGUACAACAAAUCCAAGAUAUUUCAUGAAUAUCUUCCCUGACAAAGACGUCACAAGUUAUCCACCAAAAUACUUCAAAAGAGAAUUAACUAAUAACACGCAUAGCGAAGAUGAAAAAGUCAACAUCAAAGCUAUCUAUGUAGUAGGCAAAACUGAAUCAGAAAAUAAUGCCUUUUCGUUAGAAAAGCUAAUUGAUAGUUUAAUUGAAAGCAGUUUUGAUAACAACACCACGACACCCGAAGCUGAGGUAGAAUAUAAGCCUGUAGUCAAUCAAACAGAUGUUAAUAUUGAAGAGCAGAACAAAACCGCGAUCAAAGAAGACACUACGAGGCGUUCAAUGAAGAAUGAGACCACAAACAUAAUAUCGAUGAACUUGACAAACGAAAAUGUGGACAAGAACAAAUAUUCAGAUGACAUUAUGAGCUCGCAUAAUGUGAGUGAAAUGAUAGCCACGUUAUCUAAAAGGAUAGAUAAGCAGAAUAAUACGAGUUUAGAAAUGAUGAGGCGGAUAACCGGUGACUUUGAAUUUGAUACAUUGAACACAACAACAGAAAGGCCCAUUGAAGGAACUUUACUUACUACAAGUGAACCUUCUACUGUAGAAUACACAAGUUCUUCAACGGAAUAUGAAACUAGAACGACAAGAAAAAUACGACUAAGGCAAAGAAUUGUAAGACGACUUCAACAUAGCAAAAAUAAUUAACAUUAAAGUAAUUGUAUUCUACCUUUAAGAUUCA